GGAGCGGGGCCGCGGGAGGAGGGGAGGCGCCGGGGGCGCGCGCGCGCGCGCUGGGCGCUGCUGGGCUGCGGCGGCGGCGGCGGCGGUUACUAUGGCGGAGUCGGCCAGAGCCUCCUCCUUCUUCCCCCUUGUCGUCCUCCUGCUCGCUGGCAGCGGCGGGUCCGGGCCCCGGGGGAUCCAGGCUCUGCAGUGUGCGUGCACCAGCUGCCUACAGGCCAACUACACGUGUGAAACAGAUGGGGCCUGCAUGGUUUCCAUUUUCAACCUGGAUGGGAUGGAGCACCAUGUGCGCACCUGCAUCCCCAAAGUGGAACUGGUCCCCGCCGGGAAGCCCUUCUACUGCCUGAGCUCAGAGGAUCUGCGCAACACCCACUGCUGCUAUACUGACUUCUGCAACAAGAUCGACCUGAGGGUGCCCAGUGGUCACCUCAAGGAGCCUGAGCACUCUUCCAUGUGGGGCCCCGUGGAGCUGGUAGGCAUUAUUGCCGGCCCGGUGUUCCUCCUGUUUCUCAUCAUCAUCAUUGUUUUCCUUGUCAUUAACUAUCAUCAGCGUGUCUAUCACAACCGUCAGAGACUGGAAGUGGAAGAUCCCUCAUGUGAGAUGUGUCUCUCCAAAGACAAGACGCUCCAGGAUCUUGUCUACGAUCUCUCCACCUCGGGGUCUGGCUCAGGGCUACCUCUUUUUGUCCAGCGCACCGUGGCCCGAACCAUCGUUUUACAGGAGAUUAUUGGCAAGGGUCGGUUUGGGGAAGUGUGGCGUGGCCGCUGGAGGGGUGGUGAUGUGGCUGUGAAAAUUUUCUCUUCUCGCGAAGAGCGGUCUUGGUUCCGGGAAGCAGAGAUAUACCAGACAGUCAUGCUGCGCCACGAGAACAUCCUUGGAUUCAUUGCCGCUGACAACAAAGAUAAUGGCACCUGGACACAGCUGUGGCUUGUCUCUGACUAUCAUGAGCAUGGCUCCCUGUUUGAUUAUCUGAACCGGUACACAGUAACAAUCGAGGGCAUGAUCAAGCUGGCCUUGUCUGCUGCUAGUGGGCUGGCGCACCUGCACAUGGAGAUCGUGGGCACGCAAGGGAAGCCUGGAAUUGCUCAUCGAGACUUAAAGUCAAAGAACAUCCUGGUGAAGAAGAAUGGCAUGUGCGCCAUCGCAGACCUGGGCCUGGCUGUCCGUCAUGAUGCGGUCACUGACACCAUCGACAUUGCCCCAAAUCAGAGGGUGGGGACCAAACGAUACAUGGCCCCUGAAGUACUUGAUGAAACCAUUAACAUGAAACACUUUGACUCCUUUAAAUGUGCUGAUAUCUAUGCCCUCGGGCUGGUAUAUUGGGAGAUUGCUCGAAGAUGCAAUUCUGGAGGAGUCCAUGAAGAGUAUCAGCUGCCAUAUUAUGACUUAGUGCCCUCUGACCCUUCCAUUGAAGAAAUGCGAAAGGUCGUAUGUGACCAGAAGCUACGUCCCAACAUCCCCAACUGGUGGCAGAGUUAUGAGGCGUUACGGGUGAUGGGGAAGAUGAUGCGAGAGUGUUGGUAUGCCAAUGGCGCGGCCCGCCUGACUGCUCUGCGCAUCAAGAAGACCCUCUCACAGCUCAGCGUGCAGGAAGAUGUGAAGAUCUAACUCUGCUCCCUCUCCCCCAUGUGCACCUCUGGGCAGUGAGAACUACAUACAGCUGCCACGUUGAGCGUACGAUGGAGGCCUACCUCUCGUUUCUGCCCAGCCCUCUGUGGCCAGGAGCCCUGGCCUGCAAGAGGGAUAGAGCCCGGGAGACUCGCUCACUCCCACGUUGGGUUUGAGACACAGACAUCUUUUCUAUUUACCUCCUAAAGGCAUGGAGACUCUGAGAGCGAAUUGUGUGGAGAACUCAAUGCCACAACUCAAACUGGUUGUAGUGGGAAGUCCUGCAAAACCCGGUGCAUCUGGCGUAUAUAGCCAGGAGUGGUGAAGGGGGUGGCCUGGGAGGGGCCAGAGGAGCUGAGUUGUUGCCAGUACUAAGCCGUGCUGAGGGUUUUCCUCCAUGGACCAACCCGUAGCACACCACGGUGGCCCAGAGGAACUGGAGUGCAGCCCCUCUGACAAGCAGCUCUGAGCCGCGCGCUCCCC